AUGAUUAUGCAAAACAGUCACACGACGUUGACCGCCAAUGAUGCGAGCAGUCCGAAGAACUGGCCGCAGAAGACGACGAAAGAGCAGCACGGCGGUAUGCGGUCGAGGCGCAUCCAGAGCCUAGACUCGGGUAAGUUCCUGCAGCUGAACGACAAGGACAUCACUCUGAUCGCCGAGUCAUGGCGAAAGAUCGAGGACCGCAGUCUGUGGGCGCAACGGCUGUUCGCCAAGCUGUUCGUUUAUCGUCCGCAACUGGCGAGCAUCAUGAGCUACCAGGACGUGUCUGGCAAAAAGCUGCUGUCCAACCCCAAGUUCCAGAACUUCUGCCAGCGCUUUGCAGAUUUCUGGCAAGACGUCGUUUCUGGACUAUGCGAUCGUGGCACUGACGACGACUGGAAGCAGGUGGUAGCCCUGAUUCGCGAGUUGGGAGCUCGUCACAGCCGCAUCCCUAAAAUCACGUUCGAGGCGAGCAUCUGGCUGCACAUGAAGAGUGAAAUCGUGCAAAGCAUCACUGGCUUCAAGGACAUAUACCGUGAUGAGCUGUGCUACAGCUGGAACAAGCUACUCAUGUUCGUCGUCACUGAGAUGAAGGACGCCUUCAACGAAGCGGUGCGACACCGGUGCCGAUCCGUCGACGGUCCUCUGCCCUGCGUUGGCAUGUCGCUGGAGGAACAGACCAUGAAAUAUUGUCCGGGUUCGUCACUCAGCAUCUUCGAAGACACCCGUGAGGCUGAAAGGCGUGAAAACAGCCCCGUCAGCCUGGACAGAAGAUACUCACAUCCAGAAUAUGCUGAUAACCGCGAUCACUGCUCGCAUGAUUCUUCCUCAAGCUUAGGCGAGGUGAAGGAUUCCGCUGCCCGUAAAAUUCCAACGAUCAUGCGCGACACGCCAAAACUACAACUCGACCAUUUUCUACCCUACCUGUAA